AUGGAAGCAACUUGGGCAACUUACAAGAACAAACCAUCCACAUCUAGUAUUUAUACAGAAGAUGCCGUUGUGAUCUACGUGCCUUCUGGUGCAGGUGCUCGUGGCAACGCACAGAUUCGACGAUUUUACUUGCAGCCCGAUUUUAAGGCUGCUCAAAUUCAAGAGCAAGUACAUGGCACUGUUAUUUCGGGUAACAAGGUGAUGGAAGAAGUUGAAUGGACCAUCACCUUCCAUGGCAGCGAAUGCAACUGGUUGGUGCCUACAGUGGAUGAGGGGCUUUUGAUGAACGCAACGGUCAAGAUCCCUGUGAUGCUUUCGGCAACUUUUUCGGGUGAUCAAAUAGCUGUUCUUCGUGUGCAUUGGGAUCAAGCAUCCGUAUUGAAGCAGCUACGUGUCAUUUCCGAUAAGAACAAGUGGCCGGUGCGCAGUGGCGAGACUGUGGAUGCUCUUCGGAACCCCACGUCUGUACCACUCAAUCCCUUUGCACCGAACAAUGAACUUGCCACACCUUUGCCUGCAUCCACUACAAAAAAGACAUUGGCUAUUGAUGCCCCUGGCAGGAUUUUCGGUCCUAUUCGCCCUGAAGAUCAAGUGGGUCAUUCCAUACGCCGUAACCUUCACGAACCCCAUCGAAAUAUCUUCUCCUACGAACCACCCGCUGCAAAACCCCUUGUCACUACCAAACCUGAUCGAUUGGGCUCAUCAUUCUCUUUAACCCAUGAUGAAGGUACACCUGCUACUCCUACACCCGCUGCCAACAGAAAGGCUACACCAAAGGAAAACAACAUUUUUGGUCAACAAAAUGGUCAUAACGAUGAUGAUGUUUUGGCUUCGAAAACUGCCAAUCUUAGCAUGUCCACUAGUUCUCCCAAUCGCCGUACACAACCAUCUUCCAGAAACAUCCUUGCCCAUGAAUAA